AUGUCCUCCCCCGCUUCAAAAUCCCGAAAGAAAGUAACCCUCGCUGCCAAGCUCGGCAAGGCCGAAGGCAGGUGGACCAACGAAGAACACAAGUUAUUCAUAGUUGGCCUUGGGAAAUUUGGGAAGAACUGGAAGAGACUGGAAGCUUUUAUAGAGACCAGAACAAGCUCACAGAUCAGAUCCCAUGCACAAAAGUAUUUUAAUAAGAAGGAUAAGGAGCAAAUGCAGUCAGAAUUUUUUAAGAGACAAUCCAUUGAUUUUGAGUCCUCCAAGAGCGGAACUGUAGGCGAGGUUGAUGCCAGGAAUCCACAUACAGCCAAAAUACCAGAUUUUGACAAAUAACGGCAAUAAGAGAUGUCUUAGUGGUGAGAUGAAUAGAGAUGAGUUGAAAAUAACUGUGAAUUAUCUUAGUAAAAUUCGUCCAAAAGAAGAAGUGGUCUCUCCUUCAGAUUCUAGAAAUUGCAAAAAUAAAAGUGUAAUACAGUCUGAACAGUUUUCAGAAAAGGGAGAUAUCAAGGUCACUAAAACUGCUUUCACCAAGGUAGAGCCUAAAAAUAAGAAUACUCCCAAUCGUCCUUUGAAGGCUACGGAUAUCCUUGGUUAUAAGAGAUUUAACAGAAUAUUAGAAACUUGAGAGAGUUAUAUUUGUAGCAUUGUAGAACCUUAUCUAAAUUAUUAUGAUAAAGCAGAUCUUGAGAAGUUGGAAUUUUCACUAGAUAUUCCAAGACUAGAAAAUAUGAUCUACAACAAGCCCCAAGGAAGGAACACUCUUCUUCCACCUCUGAAUGAGACAGUGGAAAGAGAGAAUCGCCCAAGAGUACAGAUAAAACAAGAAACCUUGGAUUAGGCGCCAUUUAUUCUAAUAUUCAGCAAUCUAUCUAAAAUUU